AUGUCAACACCAUCAACACCAACCAAACAAAAGAGCUUUCAACAAUACUCUGACUCUGAAGCAUUGUUGACAUCGCUCAGUAACUUUAUACGUACAAAUGAGAAGGGAUUAAAGACAGGAGAGACAGCACUCAAUCUGAACCCAGCAUGUUUGGAAUACCUCAACUCAUUCAUUAAUGGCAAGAGUAUAUCACAUAAACUGACUAAGCAAGACUUGCUGAGUCUACAGACUAUAAUGUCACAAGUCAGACUGUUACAGAUGGACUCAAACCUGCCAGAGACUUUGGAGAAGUAUCGAGACUUGGACAUGAACCUCUUUGGAUCAUUGAGUGCAGUGCAGUUCAAUUAUGUCAAGCCAGGUCUGGUGACCAAUCUCUGUCAGAUUGCAAAGACUCUGACCAAGGUGGCCGUGCACCAAUCGCUCUACUCACUGGACGAGCUGUUGGUCGUAGAGGACGAGGCCAAACUGACGCACUUCCAAGAGAUCAGUGUCAAGACCUAUGAUGACCUUGUUGCCGACAAGGCUGAGAUACCUCACAAGCGUCUACAAGAGUUAUACGUCCGUAAUGGAAUCUGGUCCAAUCUUGUCUCACUGGACUGUUCCUCAAACUAUAUACCCAAGAUAGAUAGCUCAAUGUACACCCUCGUGUCCCUUGAGAAGCUCAACUUGGAGGGCAACCUUAUAUCAAAGGUGGAGAAUCUACAUGAGUGCCUCAAUCUACGCGUGCUCAACUUGUCAAACAACAGGAUAACAUCGAUGGAGAACAUUUAUGAGGUGUUGGGAUUGGUCACACAUCUAUCAUUGUCUGGCAACAUGUUGACCAAUGUCGAUGGCUUGAACAAGCUGUAUGGAUUGGAGUACCUCGACAUCACAAUGAAUCAGAUACGCGACAUUGAAGAGAUCUCCAAGUUCAAACAAAUGCCCAGUCUGCGGUGUCUCAAUGUCAAAGGCAAUCCCCUUUGUCAAUUCAAGUCAUACCGCGGCUGCAUCCUCUAUUCAUUGCUUGGCGAGGAUGUACAAUCAUUGGAGUUCAAGGAGUUCUACUUGGAUGGCAUUGCGAUUGGACAGGCAGACAUUGAUUUCAUCAAGAAGAAUACAUCCACAAUGGUCAAGGACCUUUCACUCACACCUCAAAAGUCUUCAACAAACAGGAUCAAGCCAAUGAAGGAGGACGAGUCAUUGCCACCUUUGACCUUUGCUCCAAGUGUGUUGAAGGCCAAGGGCGAGAACUCAACAUCACCUGCCCUACUUUCCACCUCUGUACCAAAGCCAUACCAACGCACGGUAGAUCUAGAGGAGGCGCCAGAGGUGCCCGAGUACACCACAGGCAUGACAGAUACAUCAGAACAGGAUAACUUCAUCGAAGAGAAGAAUCUGAGGAAGAGGAUCGAAGAGCUGAGAGAGGAGGGUGGCAAUGCAUGGCUGAGGAUCUUGAAUGAAAUGGAUGUACAGGCCAACAACAACAAUAGCAACAUCAACAAGAGAGACAGCCUUACGAAGCAGAUGAGCGACAGUCUGGUGACGCACGAGAGAAGAGUGAUCAAGAAGAAGGUUAAGAAGACAAUACUGAAACCCAAGAACCCUGCAGCAGCAACGACAACGCAAACGACACCAAUAUCAAUCACUCCAGACUCUAGUUCAACACCACUGGAUCAAACACCUACCACUUCAACGCCACUCUCAUCAACUCCGACAUCAAUGCCAACGACACCUAUCAAACCAUUGGACACACCUGUUUCAACCCCAACCAAGCCGAAGCAACAACAGUUUGAUGAACCUGUACCUACUCCCCCUACAACAUCCACCCCUACCCCCACGUCCAUCUCUUCCUCUCCACCAUCCACCGCAUCACCAUCCAGUCUCAAAGACACUCUGGCUGAUCCGUCACCAAGUGUCUCCCACGAGAUACCCAAGGUAAAGAGCGCAAAGGAGGAGCCAGCCACCGCCUCACCAAAGCUAGCAACAAUCUCCACUCGACCCAAGUCAGAGUUUAUCACCAAAUCUGCACUAUCCUCCAUUCUUUCCCAAGACCAACCCGCCGACUCCACGCGAACAGUCAACAACAAUCCCCUCAGUCUUCUUGAGGCCAGCUUGAAACAGGCUAACCUCAAUGACUCUAGAUUACUUGCCGAGCCAUUCUUUGUUCUAAAGUUUGGCACCAAUCAAGAGAUGUUGUUGGAGAUCAAGUCGGACUUGAUCACAGAGACCAAUCCAGCGACUGGAACAUCAAUCAAGUCUCACCUCAUUCAGGCCGUGGUCUUUGUGCGAAAGUACUCAAGACCGCCACACCAUUUGAUAGAGAUAUCUUAUGGCAAGGACUUCAAAGACAGCGUGCCAAUGAACUUCUUCAAAGAGGUCUACAUCAUGGAGGACGAGGAUCAGGCUGUGUUGCUAAUGACCAUACUCACGCCACUGGUCAAAGAGUACACGAUGAGCUGUCUCGACUGCUCCGAGCGAUACAUCUGUCGCGAUGAGAAUCAGUUUGGUCAAUGUAUUCGAUGUCACUCAAAGUAUCUAUUCUUUGUUCCCGUGCUCAACAUUGAUCAGCAGCAGCAACAGCAACAACAGCAAAAGAACGUAUCACAAUCAUACUCGGCAAUGCAAUUGGGCACUUCACUACCACCCGUGGCCACAAUACCAAUGACAUCGGCGCAACAUCAGCAACAAGCCAAGCCAGAGGUAUCACUCAACGAGGAUGACGAUUUCAAUCAGAGUAUUUUGGACGAUCAGAACCUGCAGCUCAAACUUCGAAUGAACCUAUUCACUGGUGGCAGUCAAGAGGUAUACAUCUACAUGAUGCAGACCAACUACAUCCAGUACAACUCACAAGAUGACGAAAGAACAAUCUACCUACUACUCACAUCAAAGACUGUGUACAUGCUAAAGAAAGAGAAGAAGUCAUUGUUGGGACAGGAUAACAACUACACACGAUUGACCUCUUUCCAAUUCAAGGAUAUCAAGACAAUGGACAUUGGACUUCUAUUCCAAUCCUUUAGGAUUGAGUUGGAGAAUGAUGUUUGUUAUGUAUUCCUCAAGAGAUCACAUGAUCCAACUCACAAGUUCUUGGACUUGCUUGUGGAGACAGCCAAGAAGGAUGGAGUCAACCUCGAACCAAACUACAGGAUCAAGGAGACAAUGAUCAACAUAGCAUGUUGCAUUGAGUCCAAGAAUGACUUCGAACUGUAUAUUAUGUUAUAUUUUAAAUCAUUCUCAAAGUACCAACCUAGGAGUUUGAUCAUCACAACAGAGAGGAUAUUCAUCUGUGUUGAGAACUACUCACAGUGGCCAUUGUCAAGUCGCCAGAACAUCAAGCUGCUCACACCUCAGUUCCUUUUGGUUGGAUUCUUUAGGGUGGUCGACAUAUCAUGCCUACACUACAGUGUCAGCAAGCCAACAGAGUUGAUUAUCGAGUUUGAUCUGGAGGAUGAGUCCACACAACAAUGGAGUCUUCAGACGGCGCAUCCAGUCGAGUGUAAGAAGAUCGUUACAACUCUGUCCAAGCUUUGGAAAAAGAAGUUCCUCCAAGACCUGCCAGUAAACGAUCGUUAG